AUGCCACUACAAAACGGUAGAAAUGCCAGUGCAAAGCCGGGACGAUCGAAAUCAACUUCUGCAGCAACAGGAAAACUACCACCUGUGGUUUCGCAAGAAACGCGAGAACGAGCGGAAGCUAUGAAAAAGGCUCUUGAUAGACCGAAAACUGCACAUCGAAACUCGAGGCCGCCCACAUCUAACUUCGCUCUUCCCUCUUUCGGCAAUGGUCGUUUACCAACUACAUCAAAACACAUUAAAAUGGCCAUAAAGCGAUCGAAUUCGGAAACGAGACCUCUCCCGAAAAUUGAGUAUGGACGCUCGCCGAGUCGUGAGAAGUUGACUGACUUGAGAGAUGAAUUGUUCCAAGCGAAAAAGAAAGUAGCCGGCUACGAAACCGAUUUGAAAAAGUUGAGCACCGAGAUGCAACGUUUAAAAAGAGACGCAGAGAAACGAGAGACUUUUCUGGAGAGAAUAGUGACAGCGCAGUAUCACCCAACGGAGUUGAAUGAUACAAAUUUGGCGAGGACACUGACAUCAAUCAAACGGAAGGAAAUGGCAAAGGAGAACUUGAUAGACAUACAAGCCAAAGAGUUGGACCGUCUUCGUGUUCUUCUGAAAGAUGCACCAACAUCAGUGGAACAGAAACAUUCAACACAGACAAUGCAAAUACCGGAAGUACCCGAAACCGAAGCAGAUAAUGAUGAUGACGGUGACUCUGACUACCCGGAAGAUGACGAAUUCGAAGACGUUUUCGAAGAGACAAACACAAAAAAGGAAGGGAAAUCAAAAGAGAAAUCAGGGAGCAAAGAUAAAAAUGCACUGGCUAAGAAGUACGCCGAACAAAACGCCUUGCUUAAGCAGAAGUUAAAAGAAGUGAGAACAAAUUAUGUUUCAAUGGUGGAAAAGAACAAGAAAAAAGGAGAAGAAUUUGUCAAGCAGAGUGAAAACUCCAAAGCAGUUGUGGAAAAAACGGUUGAAAUCAGUACUGUGCUGGGAAAUCUUCAAAAAGAAAGAGAGGAUUUAUCGGAGAUAAGACGAAAAAACGAGGAGAAAAUAGAGGAUCUAUCACAAGAGUUGAUAGAAGCGUAUGGUGAAAUAGAUGCAUUGAAAAUGCACAAUGAAAAGUUACAAGAGAACUUAAGAGAAUUGGAGUCCAGAGUUGGAAAUCUUAAUAUUCAACCUGAAUACGAAGGUCAACCACCAUUAAAUAUACCGCGGCUCGACAUGACCGAUAUUGACAAUGACGAAAACUGCACGUUGCACGAAUUCACUGAAAGAAGUAUUUCAUCGAGUAUUUCCGAAUAUGAACGUGAAAUCCUUGCAGUUGUACUGGCAGAAAUUGCUGGUGCACACUGUGAGAGAUUACGGUUGAUCACUCAACAAUAA